AUGCUGGAAUUCGUCGGAAGGUUCAUCCUCGCCGCGCCACCCUGUUACCCAGCGGCGCAUGAAUCCCAGUGGCUGCUUUCCGUAUCGCCGAAACUGCCCAAGUACUUGGACACCAAAUGUUCCAGCAGCCACGCACCGCGCGGAAGGACGAAGUGGCUGCUAUCUGCGUCGGGUUCGCCCGACUUGAAAGUGGCAUCGGCCAACCAGCGUAACACCCGCAGCCACGGUUGCAGACGACCGAAGUACAAACUGUACACGCUGACGGUUUCGCACAACCGGCCGCUGAUGUCAGUUUCGACGAAACGCGACACUGCGCCCUCAAACUCGCACACAAAAGAGUCUAAGGCCGACGCGUAG